AUGGAGUUUGAUCACGAAUAUUUUAAACCUCAAAAUGACGAAGAAAAAUUAAUUGUAAAGAAAGUUUUCGAAUCUUUCGGAAAAUUCAAAACUGCCCUGGUUAUACUGAGUGGUAUUUCGAGUUUUUGCUCGAUAACUGUGCCUUUGUUUUAUAAAACUAACCAAGGUUUACCUGUACAGUCGUGGUACCCAUUUAACAUUGAGGUGUCUCCGCAAUAUGAGCUGGCUUAUGUCCAUCAAGGACUAGCGAUGUUUUUCAUUUCCGGAUUGAAUAUAUUCACUGAUACUCUGGUUGCUGGUAGUCAAAAUAUACCUAAGGCUGCUUACGAAUGUGAUUGGGUCAAUUCAUCAAAAAUAUUUAAAAAGAAAUUACUGUUUUUCAUACACAGAAGUCAGAAACCUAUCAAGUUGUAUGCUUUGGAUUAUUUUGAGAUAACAGUUGAAACAUUUGGCAAGACAAAGGAAAUAUUCCGAUAUUACGAUUGUCAAAUUAUAAAAGCAGAAGGCUACAUUGAAGAUUCCAUUUCAAGAAAGAAGGAAAUUUCAGAUAGAAUUCUUGCAGGAGGAGAAGGUACUUCAGUCGUGGUAUUUUGGGUUUUGAACACUGAAAGUAUCAGAACACUCACCUCUAUAGGUUAUAUCAUUUUUACAUGCCUGAUGGGGCAAGUAAAGUCAUUUUAUUUCUAUGUAAACCAGCAAAAAGUCUACGAACUUAUCAUGGAGUUUGAUCAGGAAUACUUCAAACCACAAAACCAUGAAGAAAAGUCCAUUAUUAAGGAAGUUUUUGAAUCUUUCGGAAAAUUCAAAACUGCCCUAGUUAUACUGAGUGGUAUUUCGAGUUUUUGCUCGAUAACUGUACCUUUGUUUUAUAAAACGAACCAAGGUUUGCCUGUGCAGUCAUGGUAUCCUUUUAAUAUUGAGCUUACACCGCAAUAUGAGCUGGCGUAUUUGCAUCAAGCACUAGCUAUGUUUUUUAUUUGUGGAUUGAACAUAUUCACUGAUACUCUGGUUGCUGGGGUAUGUACUUUUGUAGGUCUGCAAUGUGAUCUGUUAUGUCAAAGAGUUAGGAAUCUUGCAGGAGACGAAUUGAAGUUUGUAGAGUGCGUCAAACAUCAUCAUACAAUUUUGCGUUUUCUAGAAACAGUAAAUAUGGUUUUUGGUAGAGUGUAUUUCGCCCAAAUGUUCUCAAGUACCUGUGCAAUAUGUAUGGGUCUCUUUCUCAUUACUUUGGCUGACCCCAAUUCAUUUCAAUUCUUCUUUUUGGUAGUGUAUCAACUCUGUAUUGGAAACUUGCUACUUGUACCUUGUUGGUUCGCGUCAGAAAUGACAGUUAAGAGUCAAAAUAUACCUAAGGCUGCUUACGAAUGUGAUUGGGUCAAUGCUUCUGAAAAAUUUAAAAAGAAAUUGCUGUUUUUUAUACACAGAAGUCAGAAACCUAUCAAGCUGUACGCUUUGGAUUAUUUUGAGAUAACAGUAGAAACAUUUGGCACGAUUGUGAAGACCUCUCUUUCAUAUUUUGCUGUUCUACGUAACUUGACCGAAGAAGAAACAGCAUAA